UUUGCAUCCACUAAUUAUAAUCCUCUUAAUCUUUCUGCACUCAGCAGUAAACAAAUUUAUCAACUUUAAGGAGAUUUCUAACUGGGUCCAUGCGUAAUUCAUGAACCCAAUCCAUCACAACUUAGGAAAAAUUCAUGCUUUAUUUAUGUCUAGAUUAAGAAUUUUAAAUGGGUAGGUAAGUUAGUUACAGAGGAGCCCUUUAAAAUAUGCAGUAAAGUUAGUUUUUUUUAAUGAUCAUCUCAGAAUUUUUGCUUGUAAUCAGUAAAGAUUGUCAAUUUAUUGAUUGAUUUAAUAGAAAUGGGUAAAGGGUAUAGGCUGUUGUGGAUUGGGAGGAUACUUGUUAUACUUCAAUUAGUUACUGGAAUUCUAGGUUGGGGAAAAGAAGGUCACUAUGCUACUUGCAAAAUAGCAGAGGGAUAUUUAACUGAAGAAGCACUAGCUGCAGUCAAGGAAUUGCUUCCUGCUUCUGCUGAAGGAGACUUUGCUUCGGUUUGCCCUUGGGCCGAUGAGGUUCGGUUUCACUAUUAUUGGAGUAGGGCUUUACACUUUGUUGAUACACAAGAUUUCAAGUGUAAUUAUGAAUAUUGCAGGGACUGUCAUGACUCUGGUGGACAUAAAGAUAGAUGCGUAACUGCCGCAAUUCUCAACUACACAAACCAACUUACAUCAGCUUAUCAAAACUCCAAUCUAGGGUUUAAUUACAAUUUAACAGAGGCACUUAUGUUCUUAGCUCAUUUCAUUGGGGAUGUACAUCAGCCCCUUCAUGUUGGCUUCGUUGGAGAUAUGGGAGGAAACAGGAUAAUCCUCCGCUGGUAUCGACGGAAGAGUAAUCUUCACCAUGUAUGGGAUGACAUGAUUAUUGAUUCAGCCCUGAAGAAAUUCUAUGGCUCACAUCUUGCUACCAUGAUACAGGCCAUUCAGCAUAACAUGACGGAAGGUUGGUACAAUCAACUAGCAGAGUGGGAAUACUGUCAAAAUAACAGCACAGUUUGUCCGGACCUGUAUGCUUCUGAAAGCAUUAGCCUAGCUUGCAAGUUUGCCUACAAGAAUGCCACGCCUGGAAGUACUCUGGAAGAUAAUUACUUUCUUUCUCGAUUGCCUAUUGUGGAAAAAAGGCUUGCUCAAGGUGGCAUUCGCUUAGCUGCUACUCUUAACCGCAUUUUUUCUUCUCGAAGCAAAAUCGCUCAAGCAUGAAAGAUUAAUUGUAUAUAUUGGAAGGAUGACUUGUUGACUUCAUUGCAUAAUAUUGCUUAGAAGCCUUAUCUUAUCCCUGGAAUAUGCUCUUUAAAUGGGAAUUUAAUACUUGCACUCAAUGAGAACCUGUUGCUUGUAGAAUACUUGUUAUAUUAAAAAACUUUUGAUGUCUAUAUAUCAACUAAUUUCUUAA